CUCAGCUAUUUCAAGAUGGGCUCUAGAACAGAUUUUUAACUUUUUGAGUCACAAGAAUCAAUCAACAUCUUCCUACGCCGUCACACAAUAAAAUCGUUACAAGCUGACAAUGAAAAGUGUUGUGCUUGUUGCAGUCGUUUUCCUGCUCCACGUCUUAAAAGCAGACGGAAAAAGUAUUUUCGAGAUGGAUCCAGUCUUAAGCGAAUUGCCAUUAUUUAAAUGUAUCAAAAGACAAGUCUGCGAUUGUGGUGAAGAAAAUACUUUCAAGAUAUGUUCAGACAUGAUAGGAGAUGCGGGACUUAGUUUUCUCAGAAACAAUACGGAGAUCUGUCUUGGACUUGAAGACAGAACUGCAAAGGGCGAGAGUUGGAUUUGUGAUGAUGCAUCAUCAUACGAGCAAAAAUGUGGCGAGGAAAUAUUGAACAACUUUUUCAGUCCAGACUUCGUAAAAGGUCAACUACACGUUGCUCAGUUAGAAGUAACAUUAGCUGAAAGAAUACGCGAAAUUCACACCUUCCACUUUUUCACUUGUGUUACAGAAGUUCUCGCAAGGUGCUUAGUUUAUCCCGAUGAAUGCUGAAAAUGUAAGGUUCAUCGCAUCUAAUUAUGGACUGAAACAUUUAGUAGAAUCUAUAAAAAGAAGCCCAUUUUAAUCGCAAUGAAGUUUUUAAAGUACAUAAACACAGGUCAUCAUGCUCCAGGACGAAUACCGACUUACACUAAGUUACUGAACAGGAUUAUGUAUAGCAUUUCCUGCUGAGAAGAAAUAACUAAUAAAACAAGACCAGAGAGAGUAGCUCGGACCAACAAUUGAAUUCUGUUAAGUAAAGUAUAAAGGAAAAAGAAAUCUUGAAAAUAAAUUUAUUAAAUUAA